AUGGGUUGGUUAAUGAUAGUGUUAGAGACCAGCUUCUAGUAACCAUACAGAAGACAUUCAACUACAACCGGAAUCAGGCACAGCAGAUUUAUCUCAUGGUGAUGGAGUGCAUGAAGAAGAGAGAACUGAUCACAGUUUUCCGCACUGCAUCAGAGGGUCAGCAGGAUAUCGAGAUGGCCAUCUUAACUGCUCUGCUGAAAGGCACAAAUGCCUCGGCCCCAGACCAGCUGAGUUUAGCUUUGGCCUGGAACCGUGUGGAUAUUGCUCGCAGUCAAAUCUUCGUCCAUGGACAACACUGGCCUCCCGCUGGGUCCCUGCCCACUUCAUCCUCGAGCCAGCAGGAUAAACCAAAGAGCCCUAUCACCACCCGUGCCAGCAAGGGUAAACCUGCCAGGGCCAAGAAGGGCAAAGGUGCCAAAUCCAAACCUGAGCCUCCGGAGGAGACAGAUCCUAGAAAACUAGAGUUGCUUAACUGGGUUAAUUCUCUGGAGCAGGCCAUGAUGGACGCACUCGUGCUUGACAGAGUGGAUUUUGUGAAGCUUCUUAUUGAAAAUGGCGUCAAUAUCCACCAUUUCCUGACAAUCCCACGACUGGAAGAGCUCUAUAACACAAAAUUAGGGCCGACCAACACAUUGCAUUUUGUGGUCAGAGAUGUAAAAAAGGGAAACCUACCGCCAGAUUACCAGAUCACUCUGAUUGACAUCGGCUUGGUUCUGGAGUACCUCAUGGGAGGAGCGUAUCGGUGUCACUAUACUAGGAAAAGUUUUCACACACUCUAUAAUAACCUCUAUGGACUUAAAAGACCCAAAGCUUUGAAACUCUUGGGUAUGGAGGACGACGACCCGAGACCUAAAGGCAAAAAGAAGAUGAAAAAGAAGAAAGAGGAAGAAAUCGACAUUGACGUUGAUGACCCAGAGGUCAGUCGCUUCCAGUACCCCUUCCAUGAGCUGAUGGUGUGGGCUGUUCUCAUGAAGCGCCAGAAGAUGGCGCUGUUUCUCUGGCAGAGGGGAGAAGAGGCCAUGGCCAAAGCUCUGGUGGCAUGUAAACUCUAUAAAGCCAUGGCGCACGAAUCCUCCCGGAGCGAACUAGUGGACGACAUCUCGCAGGAUCUGGACAAUAAUUCCAAGGAAUUUGGCCAGUUAGCAUAUGAGCUGCUAGAUCAGUCGUACAAGCAUGAUGAACAGGUGGCCAUGAAACUUUUGACGUACGAGCUGAAGAACUGGAGUAACUCCACCUGCCUAAAACUGGCUGUAGCUGCCAAACACAGAGACUUUAUAGCCCACACUUGCAGCCAGAUGCUGCUCACUGACAUGUGGAUGGGCUGCCUGAGGGUGGGCAAGAGCAAUGGACUCAAGGUAAUCCUUGGAAUCAUCUUUCCUCCAACCAUUCUUCUCCUAGACUUCCGGACUGGAGAUGAUCUGUCUUACCAAAACUCCAAAGACAAAGAAGAGCUCAAAGACAAAGAGGAUGAUAACAAAUCUGGCAAGGAUGGCACCUUGAGCAUGGACGGAGCGUCUAAGAAAGGUGACGAGGAAGAUGGUAAAAAGAAACAGAAACGAGUGCCUGUUGGGAAGAAGAUAUACUAUUUCUAUAAUGCUCCAUUUACCAAGUUCUGGUUCAAUACGACUGCCUACCUGGUGUACCUAAUGCUGUAUAAUUACAUCAUCUUGGUGAAAAUGGAGAGAUGGCCAUCAUUGCAGGAAUGGAUCGUCAUCUCCUACAUCAUCACUCUUGGACUAGAGAAAGUUAGACAGAUUCUGAUGUCAGAGCCAGGAAAGCUGAAACAGAAGAUAAACGUAUGGCUUGAAGAGUACUGGAACAUCACUGACCUGGCUGCCAUCACCAUGUUCCUCAUGGGCCUGUUACUGCGACUGCAGAACGAGCCUUACAUGGGCUACGGCCGCGUCAUCUACUGUGUAGACAUCAUCUUCUGGUACAUUCGUGUCCUCGACAUUUUUGGAGUUAACAAGUAUUUGGGACCGUAUGUCAUGAUGAUUGGUAAAAUGAUGAUCGACAUGCUGUACUUUGUGGUGAUCAUGCUGGUGGUUCUCAUGAGCUUCGGGGUGGCGCGUCAGGCCAUCCUGCACCCGGACGAGGAGCCAACGUGGCGUCUGGCAAGAAAUAUCUUCUACAUGCCCUACUGGAUGAUCUAUGGAGAAGUGUUUGCUGACUCGAUAGACCUCUAUGCGAUGGAGAUUAAUCCACCCUGUGGUGAAAAUAUGUAUGAUGAAGAUGGAAAGAAGCUCCCUCCGUGUAUACCUGGGGCCUGGCUCACACCUGCCAUCAUGGCCUGUUACUUACUGGUAGCCAACAUCCUACUGGUCAACCUGCUUAUUGCUGUAUUCAAUAACACGUUCUUUGAAGUGAAAUCCAUCUCCAACCAAGUUUGGAAGUUCCAACGUUACCAGCUCAUCAUGACUUUUCAUGACAGACCGGUGCUUCCUCCUCCCCUCAUCAUCUUCAGCCACAUAUACAUUGUGUUGAAGCGCCUGUGCUGCCGCUGCAGGAAGAAACAGGAAGGGGAGCUGGAUGAGAGAGACCGCGGACUGAAGUUGACCCUGAGUCUGGAGGAACUGAAGAGUCUGUAUGAGUUUGAGGAACAGUGUGUGGAGGAGUACUUCAGAGAGAAGGAGGACGAGGCGCAGUCUUCCAAUGAUGAGCGAAUCCGAAUUACUUCCCAGAGAGUCGAGAACAUGUCCAUGCGCCUAGAGGAGGUGAAUGAACGAGAACACUCCAUGAAAGCCUCUCUGCAGACAGUCGACCUGCGCCUGGCUCAGCUAGAGGAGUUUUCCGGCCGCAUGAUGCACGCGCUGGAGCGGCUGACUGGUAUCGACCGCUGCGAACUGGUCCGUGCUCGAUCUGGCAGCUCAAUGGCCGUGGACCAAUCUGGCCUGCUUCGCCGCGGUAGCGUCAACAGCGCCGACGGCUACAGCUUGUACCGCUGGCACCUGGAUGCCGAUGACCGCGGGGAAGAGAUGUCCGGGGAGAGGAAGGGCCACUCAGAGAGACGCGGCAGUGUUGGCAGCAGCGACCUCCUUCUAAACCCUCAUCAAGGUUCUUGCUAUGGACCCACGCUGGACGUGGUGCCUCUCCGGCAGAGGACACGCUCCAGCUCCAGUGUGGACAUUCUCAUCUCUCCUUGCGAAUCACAAGACAGAGCCCAGACCUCUCAAUCCCCAAAACACACCUCUGCCCAGCACCCUAAAGAUCCACAAGCUCUGCUAGAAGCUGGAACAGACAUAGCAUUCCCACAUCUUCUGGAAAGGGCGCAAUCCCUGAGGCAGUACCCAACCGACGCUCAGAGUAACUCACUUUCGUAUGAGAACAGAUCUCAAAGUGGUACUUUGUACGUCUCGAUGGCACAGUCGAGGCUGUGCAGUCCAAGGAAUACGUGGGCUUCGGAGCCCCACGGCCUACAGGAUCAAGCAAGUAGAUCGCCAACGCUAGGUCGCUGGCCUCCGCGCUUCGAUGACAAAGUUCAUCCCUCCCCUUUCGGACUUUCCCCAAAGGCAUCUUUAGAGAAACUAAGACAAGGAGAACAAGAGGAAAGUGACGAAAAGAAGAAAGACGAGGAUCAGUCGGACGUAAAUAGCGAAAGCAGCACAAAAGAGGGAGGAGAAGAGAAAGAAGAGGAGCUGACGGACUCGGAUCAUUUGUAUGUUGCAGAGGACAGGAUGUACCCCUCGCUCAGAUCUAAGAGUCUGAACACUAACCCACGAAAGGCGAAGGCUGUAGGGAACAUCCUAGAAAGACCUCGAGCGGCCAGUAGUGUGAGAGACCUGGCUGGAGCCUUCGAAGUCAACACCAAUGACUACAGACCCUCCAGAGAGAGGACAGGCACACAGACUUGAGAGCAAGAUCAUCGCAUUAGUGCUAGGUUAAAGAAGUUGAUUUUCAUUGUUUUCCAGUAUGGAUCACACUUCUAACUAACACUAGUUAUGUUGUGGAUUAGCUAGUAGGCAUAUUUUCAUACAUUUAUGUUCAUUAGACAUGUAAAAUUAAUGCUAAAAUCUAAAACAUGGUAUGCAAAAAGGGAAAUCUAGGACUACCUCUGUGCUGUAGACAU